AUGUCGCCCACGGCAGCCUCCACCUCCGGGCCCGAUAGUGCCACGGCGACCUCAGCAACGGCUGGGGACCAGUCCAACUCGUUCAUCAGCGGACAAGAUUACAUAGGCUUCGACUUUGAUGACGAUGACGGCGAGGAACAAGCGCCACACGGUGCUGUGGACCAAAGUGGUCCCGGUCGAGGUAAGGUUGUCAAUGGCCGCCACACAGCGGUUGCCGGUCCUUCGAAAGGUCCUGCUACGCUUGCCGCAGUUCAGAGGAAUGGAGCAUCGCGGGACUCAGAAAGGGGUGAUCGUCUACGAUCACGACCUGCUUCAGGCCCAGGCCGCAUACAGCCGCAAGGCAGGAGGAGGACCUUUGAAGAAAUGGCCAUGGAUGAUGGCCUCACAAAGCGAGAGAGGAUGAGAAGCAUGGCUAGAGCCACCCCUUGGGCUCUGGAUGUCGACUGGGACAGCUGUUGGCAUCCCACGGAGAUGUGAGUUGCUUGCAAUCCGACUAGGCUAGAACUGGGGGCCUUUGCGGUAGUGGUAUCCGCGAGCUCACCCCUCCGCUCUUCCUUUGCACUAGGCUACACCGCGAGCUGGAAGCUUUUGAGCGGUGGAUCUCGCCGACGCCCUGGGAGCACGACUGUCGCGCAAUGGUGAUCCAAUUGAUAAGGAACGCGAUCUGCUCGCAGUGGCGCGAUGCCGAGGUGCUGUCGUUCGGAAGUCACGACACACGACUGUACAUGCCUGAAGGGUGAGUGCUCUCCCACUCGCUGUUCGGACUGUCUCCAAUACCUCUGGAUCUCGAGCGUCUACUGAUCACUUUCGAUGAUUCAACAUCAGGGAUAUUGAUCUGGUUGUGAUAAGUCGCUCCAUGGAGAAUGAGCACCGUGCAAGAACCUUAAACAAGAUUGCAGCGCUCUUACGCCGCGCGAACUUGGUCGUGGACCUGGCAGUCAUUUCGAAAGCCAAAGUGCCCAUCGUCAAAUUCACUUGCGUCCACGCCAAGUACAAAGUCGACAUCAGUAUCAAUCAAAGCAACGGUUUGGCUGCCGCAAAGUGGGUUUCCGCCUGGCUGAGAAAGCAGCCAAGCUUGAGACCACUCAUUCUAGCGGUGAAGCUGCUUCUCAAUCAGAGGGGUAUGAGCGAGGUAUUCAAUGGCGGACUGGGCAGCUACAGCGUCAUCUGCCUCGUGAUCAGUCAUUUGCAGGUAAGCCGACAUUUGAGGCUCCAAUUUUGCGUGACCAAUCAGUAGCUCACGUUGCAAGCGCACGAUGUGAUACGCAGAUGCAUCCCAAGGUGCAACGAGGAGAAUUGGACCCUGCGAAGAAUCUGGGUGUCCUAUUGCUCGAAUUUCUGGAGCUAUACGGCAAGACCUUCAACUACCACACGGUCGGCAUCUCUGUGCGCGGUCAGGGUCACUAUUUUGAAAAGAAAAGGCAUGCAUUUGUCAGCACCGGCAAACCUUACAUGCUGGCCAUUGAAGACCCUUUGGACGCAUGUGAGUGACGACUGACAGUUGCAGCUCGAGCAUGCAUUGCGAAGUCACUGAAAGGCGCUAGUCUGCUACCUGGUUGCAUCGUAAGCAAAUGACAUUUCGCGCGGCACAUUUCAAAUUCAGGCGGUCCGGCUAGCCAUGAAGGGCGCAUUUGAUAUUCUGUCGGGUGCCCUGUGUCAGCGCGCCAACGUCAUGUCGGACCCAAACGCCCAGGAUGGAGCACAGCUUGCUCCUGUUGACGACGAGGAUGACGAAGCUAGAGCUGCUCUAAUGCAGAACGCAGCGGUGGGGGCACCGGUCAGCCAUCCCCACAGUCUUCUGGGAACCAUUUUUGGCAUUUCGCAUGAAACUACUAGGGCAAGAGAAAAGGUCAGUGGUGACGAAGAGGCACACCGCAAGCGGAAAUGCGGUUACAUUGUUUCAUCAGUUGACCAACCCUUCUUGGCCCUGAUGCAGAUCGAAGCCAUGUAUCACUCCGGCGAGUUGCAUUAUAAGCUCGGCAGACCGCCUCCGCCGCCAGAGGAUCCACGCCCUGCUUCUCCGCUACCGCCCAGAUCUCGACCACCGCCUGAUGACGCUCUCCCGCAUCCCUCACGGUCCAUACCUGCUCCUCCACACCGAGGAACUGAAGAGCGCUCUCAAAGGCCAGCAGGGACAAGCGCAGGAGUCAAGCGGGAUGGUAAAGCAUUCGCUAACUCGCAACCUCGGAAAGCGCCGUCGCAAUCUAGCCGAGACGGCCAAGGCACCACAGCAGGAUCUUCCACUGCCUAUGGCACGCUUCGACAGGGCACAAGGGACGCGCCAAUUGUCAUUUUAGACGGGCCAAGUGAAGUGUCCUCAGACUUCGAGGAUCGGAUGCGAAGUGCUGUGGAUGCCGCCAAUCAUCUGACGUCACGCGCAUCGAAAGGACCCGCCGCACUAUCGAGGGGAGAUGGAGACACCAGCGAGGAAGAGGAGCUUUCUGCAGUCGAUGAAGCAGAGCUGGCAGAAUCUCAAGGCUUUAGCUUUGGAUCUCAAAGCGGAGCGAGACAGGGCUCGAGCUUCAACGACCAGUCUGGAGCAAAGCGGCGUCGCGUUGCCACAGAUGAGUCCGCGUCACGAUCGCAAAGACGUCAGGCGGAAGGUGACGAUGAGCAAGACUCCCGUUACGCAGAGCACAGAACCAAGGGGCUGCGAAAGCUUCAUCAGGCCUCGCGAGCAGACCGACGGGAAUACGUGGAGAGAAACAGCGAGAGCGACUCGGACGCUUCGAUGCAUUCUUUGGAUGAGCACCCAACAUCGCAAUCGCGAGCGAGACUAACAACUUCCAUCCCACAAAGAGGCAUCUCUAUAGCUGGAACAGCGGAAGGGACCGCACCAGCUGCGUCGGUGACAACGACCUCGAUUAAAGGUGGACAUAGGAUCGCACAGAUGCGGGACAAAGCUGCACAGAAAAGGCAGGUGGCGGACUAUUGGGCUGCGAAAGCUCAGGGAAGCAACGUCGUCAGCGAAGAGAGCGAGGAGGGAGAAGUACACGAGUAG